AUGAAAGACAUGAAUGCAAGAGGGGUGAUCGUGAGAGCCCUGGACCAGUUCAGGCUGAAGUCAUGCAUUGACUUCAAAGUGUGGGACUCUGAGACGUAUUACAUCAGGGCCCAAAAGUUAAAUGGAUGUUUCUCAUAUAUUGGGCAAGUAAUACCCAAUGGACAAGAUCUCUCCAUCGGGCUGUACUGUGACGAGAUCUCCACCGUCGAGCAUGAGUUCCUCCACGCUCUCGGCUUCUACCAUGAACAGAGCAGAUAUGACAGAGACAAUUAUGUGACCAUUCAAUUCGAGAACAUUCAAGAAGGGUUUGAGGGUAACUUUAAUAAAGUUGGCAGUGAAUCCAGCACCACCAUGGGAGUCAGUUACGACUACCUCUCAGUGAUGCACUACGGCAAGGAUUUUUUCACCAAUGGAAACGGGUCGACAAUAAUCACCAAAGAUCCUGCAUUCCAGGAGGUUAUUGGUCAAAGAUUUGGAAUGAGUCCCAGUGAUGUUCUGGAGCUGAACCUGCGCUACGGGUGCAACUCGACCAUUGCUUUUAUGAUGUACUGUGGCUUUUCUAAUUCGACCACUUGUCGGAUGAGCACGUGUGCAAAGGGUGGCAGAGGCUGGGAACUUACCAGCUCUGUGACUGCUGGCCCCACCUCUGACCACACCGGUCUUCCUGGAGGUGAUGGUGCCACUACCGGUCAGGCUGGCGACUUCAUGUAUGCCACAACAGAAACAGGUGAGGAGGGAGACUCAGCCUGGCUGGAGACAGAGAGGAUGAGUCCUAAGAGGGAAUGUAAUGUUCAGUGUCUCCAGUUCUACUAUUACCACAGUGGGAACGAGUCAGACGAACUAAACAUCUGGAUCCGAGAGUUUGAGGAUGAAUACGACGUCAAAGGAUCAGUUCGUCUCGUGGGACAGAUCACUGGUCCACCAAAAGAUCACUGGCAGCUCAAGCACGUCUCCCUGAAUGCCACCAAGUCCUUCCAAGUGGAGUUUGAAGCUCGUAAAGGAGCAGGAAUCUCCGAGGGUGGCUUCUCCAUCGAUGAUAUCAACCUGUCUGAGAUUGAAUGUCCACAUGUCACAAUUCAGAUUGAUAAUUUUGAGACGGUUUUGAAAACUAGUCCCUAUGGAACAGCAGUGUAUAGCCCACGGCAGUACUCCAGUGGAGGCUACUCGUACCGCGUUGGGGUUGUGCUGUACAAUUCUUUUUUUGGCUUAUUUGUGCAACUCUUGUCUGGAAAGUAUGAUGAUGACCUGGAAUUUCCUGUCCCACGAAGGCAAGUUAGUUUUAAAAUGGUGGAUCAGAGGCCUAACAUCCUUCUGCAUAUGUCCAAAGAAAGGAGUAUCACUAGUGACCUCAGUGAAUCCAGCACUGGUGCCCUUAACUGGGGAAACCCACGCGAGGGUGGAACUCCAUUUGUAGAUGAGAAUAAUGAGACCAUCUAUAAAGGAGAUCCACUUGGCGUUGACUUUUUUGCGCUGCUGGAGGACAUGAGACCCAGAGAAUACCUGAAAGGAGGGAGUGCUGUUUUUGCCUUCAGCUUCCAAGAUCUCACUCCUCUGGUAAAUGGAAGUACUCUGCCAUGUCCUGAGUUGACACAAGUGCCUCUGACACAUCCUUCAGAUCGAGAUGACGGCCCGUGCUCAGCAACGACCACGCCCCCCACCACCAUGGACCCACCAGAGAAAACUACAGACAAGUAA